AUGUUGGGACUCCGACCCCAUGUUUGUUCCUGCAUUCGACAGGUCCAGCUGGUCCGCAUCCAGCUGCGCGUCCCAGAGUACGGCUGGACCACCCAGAAAGUGUUCCACCUGCUCAACGGCCUCGUCAGCGGCCUGCGCUGCGCCAGCUUCCUGGCGCGCCCCCAGAUGGACGCGCUGCACCCGGACGUGCUGCGGCUGGUGCUGUACGACCUGCCAGGCCUGCUGUUCUUCUCCACUUACACGCUGCUGGUGCUGUUCUGGGCCGAGAUCUACCACCAGGCCCGCAGCAUGCCGACGGGGUCGCUGCGGCCGCUGUUUGUGGUGUUCAACGCCCUCGUCUACGCGGUGCAGGCCGGCUUGUGGACCUACGAGAGCAUGGCCGUGGGCGACGCCCAGGCGCGCGUCAGCCACGUGCUGAGCGCGGGCUUCCUCGCGGCGGUGUCGCUGGCGGCGGCGGUGGGCUUCCUGCUUUACGGCGGCCGCCUGUUCCUGAUGCUGCAGCGGUUCCCGAUUGAGAGCCGGGGCCGCAAGAAGAAGCUGCGGGAGGUCGGCAUGGUCACCACCAUAUGCGCUGCGUGCUUCACGCUCAGGGCCGUCCUGGUGGCGCUCAGCGCCAUCAACGAGGAGGAGCUGGACCUGGACGUGGCGACGCACCCGCUGCUCAACAUCCUGUACUACGGCCUCGCAGAGAUCAUCCCCUCUGCCUGGGUGCUCUUCAUACUUCGGAAGCUGCCGCCCAGGCGCGCCCCCCAGGGCUACCAGACGAUACCCGCCAGCGCAUGA